UCGAGCAUGAGCUGGCUGCGUUCUCUGCUUCACCGUGCGUCUUUGAGCUGUUCUGACAUAUGCGUGUCCCCUCUGCCUCCAUGCCGCUUUCUUUUUGCCGUCAUUUUGCCGACCCCAUAACUCAACAGAGAACCAAUCUCUCAGUUUUGUCCAGGUCCUCACAGAACAGGAAAAAGAGAAGGAGCUGGGAGCACCAGCAGAGAAGACCGUUACCACAAAAACAGGAAAAAGGAAGUGGGCAGUGACCUGUGCGAGAGGGGACUGUGGUUGGACAGCUGUGGCUUAACAGUUUUAGAUGCUGGAUGAGAAAACCACAUCAGAGGCAGCUGGGAGAAAAAAAGAGCAAGAGAGACGGAAAACCUGUUGGAUUCACACCUGAGGGAAAAAACCUCAACAACCUGAGGAGGAAAAGGAGGCGAUAAGGACAUUUUGGUGUUAAUACUCUGCACUUGGAGUGACUGGGACAACUUUUUUUGUGUGCUUGUCAGAGUAAAACAAAAAGUGUUUUAAAACUGUCAUAGCAAAAUCCACAGUUCUUUAUGAAUUUAAUUCUUAAAUAUUUGGUGUUCUGACUCUGGGAGUGUCUUCACUCAUCUUCGGAAUUACAUUUUUGGGAGACACUCUCAUUGAAGAGACCUCAAAGACUUUCUUACCUGGCCAAAAAUCAACAAAUGGUUUGGUCAAAGGCUUGGAAGAAAACAGUUCUUCAGGAGAAAUCCCUUUCAUUUAUGAAAACACCUGCUUCUGAAAAUAAGUAGCAGGACUCAGGAACUGUUGAAUUUCCUGGAGUCCAAGUAAAAUUUUUGUUUCAGCGAACAUUACACAAUUUCUAGAGGAUUUGAGCUUCACCAAGACAAGGGUCAAAUCAGAUGAUGGCGUGGCUCCAACUGUGGACUGCGGGAUUUAUAGUCACUUUGGCGUUCCUCUUCUUCGUUGUCAUUUGUCAAGACUCUGGCCUUUCUGUGGUGGUACCAGAAAGACAAGACUCAGCUGACAUUGUGAAGAAAGAGUCCUAUCCGGUGCUGCUCAGACAGAAAAGAGAAUGGUUGUGGAACGCUCUUUAUGUAACAGAAGAGACUGCUGUAUCCAUACCCCAUAACAUAGGAAAGCUUCGGUCAAGCCUGAACGUGGAGGUGAAGACUUUUACAAUAGAAGGUGAAGGAGCAAACGACAUCUUCACUGUAGACAACCAAGGAGACCUUUAUGUCACCACUUCUCUGGACAGAGAGAAGAAAGCCUCGUAUCAUUUGAUGGCUAGGAUGUACGACGGAAACCACAAGUUGAUAGAGGACGCUGGGCACUUUGUUGUCCAAGUGACGGAUAUCAAUGACAACUGCCCAGUUUUCCCCACAGAGUACAAUGAAUCUGUCUUGGAGAGAAUAAAAAACACUGUGGUUGAAGUGAAGGCGACUGAUGCAGAUGAUCCAACCACUGCCAAUGGACAAGUCAGGUACUCUCUGACCAGAGAUGAAGAAACCUCUGCUUUCUUUGAAAUCAACCAGAAAACAGGUGCGAUCAGCUCCAAGAUAAACAUGCUGGACCGGGAGACAAAGAGUCAGUAUGUGGUAGUGGUGAAAGCUCAGGACAUGGCAGGAAUGGCCACUGGCUGCACUGCCACUACCUCAGUCACCAUCACCAUCACUGACGUUAAUGAUAACAUAGCAUCUUUUACCAGAAGCAAAUAUGAAAUAAGCAUUCCAGAAAACCUUAAAGUUAAUGAGGAAAUUGGCGUGUUGGAGGUGGAGGACGGAGAUCAGAUUGAGAACAAGCAGCCCAUAUUUUCUAUUCCAAGUGACGGUGACAAAAUAUUCGGCACUAAACCCAACCAAGACAAGAACUGCGUUCUCAUGCUCAAACAGGCUUUAGACUACGAGACACGGAACAGCUAUACCUUUACUGUAAAGUUGGAUGAAGAUCUGCAUUUUUCUCCUGCAGAUAACUUCAACGUGGCAAACACAACAGCACAGGUUACCAUCUGGGUGAUAGACGUUGACGAGCCACCGGUAUUCACCCAUUCCAUCUAUAACUUCAGUGUGUACGAGGACGAGAUAAAGAGGGAAAUAUUAGGAACAAUCCAAGCCAGAGACCCUGACAGAGCCAACAAGCGCAUAGAGUACUCCAUCCUAGACACGGACUCACCCUUCGACAUCGACUCAAAAACGGGUCAGUUAUUCAUUCUGAGAAAGCUGGACAGAGAGGUGCAGGAAAGACGCGUGUUUCAAGUUAAAGCACAGGAGGAGAACGGCGGUUUGAUGUCAUUUGUGAAAGUUAACGUAAAUGUUCUGGACAUCAAUGAUAACCCACCUGAACUGAUCGCCCAUGAUAUCUUCCUGUGUGAGAACGAUGUCAAAAACACUGUAAUUGGUAUCUUGGAAGCCUUUGACAAAGAUGACCGACCAGCUACCUUCACAUUCAGCCUCGCCAUUCCAAGCUCCAACUUCUCCAUUAAAGACUACGGCAACAACACAGCAGCUUUAAUGGUGAAACAGGGUCCUUUCAACCUGGAGGACUCCAGUGAUUACAGUGUGGAUGUGCAUGUCAGUGAUGGAGGCCAGCCUCCCAUGAGCAGCGUCACCAAACUGCAAAUCAAGUCAUGCCAGUGUGAUGCUAAGCGGGUUUAUUCAAAGUGCAAGGCCAGUAAACUCAGGGUGGGAGUCAGCGUCCAUGCCCUAAUAGCCAUACUGCUUUGCAUACUGACCAUACUGGUAAUAGUGAUCCUGUUUGUGAUGAGGAAACACUACCAGAAGGAUUCUCUUGCCAGUAUGAAGAACAGCAGUGAGAUUCAUGAGCAGCUGGUCACAUAUGAUGAGGAAGGAGGAGGAGAAAUGGACACAAAUGGCUAUGAUGUCUCAAUCCUCACUUCUGCAUGCAACGAUGGUUCUCUUCUCCGCCAUCCUGACCGCCUCUCGCACCCUUCCAUGUACGCCAUGGUGCAGAAACCAGCCCACCACUCUCAACCCACCGCGUGCAAGGGUGACAUGGCUGCAAUGAUCGAGGUGAAGAAAGAAGAAGCCGACCACGACAGAGACGGAUUCCCGUACGACACUCUGCACAUCUACGGCUACGAAGGACCCGAGUCGCUAGCCGGAAGCCUCAGCUCUCUGGAAAGUUCUUCCACCGGCUCGAACUUGGACUACGACUUCCUCAACGACUGGGGGCCGAGGUUCAGGGCGCUGGCUGAGCUGUAUGGUGUGGAUGGUGCCGACUACUACCAUCAGUACUGAGAGUAAAUAUGGAAUUUCCCAGUGUGCACCUGAGAAGUGUACAUGUUGUGUAUUGGUGGUUGCAAAGAGCCAUAAAAAUACAACAAACAGAAAGAAAACAUGCACAUUUAACACACAGUAAACAGAUAAUGCAAGCGUCCCCACGAGACUCCUCAAAACACAAUCAAGGGACUAUUUUUUCAAGACAAUUAACUAGUUAUUAUGUGUAUAUUAGUGGAUCCUUGGGUGUUUUGUGUUUCUUAUCUAAUUACUCCUAAUCACUAAACAAGUGUCAUGAAAUCUAGGAGGUUAACACAAGUUGAAACUACUCAAACCUGCAGAAUGUAGCCAAUCAGAAAUAACCAUGGGAAGGAGAAAUAUUAUUCAUUACAAUUAUUUUAUUUACAAAUCUAUCUUUUUAUAUGUUGAUGCAGACAUGAGAAAUUUAAAAGACAUGUUUGUGUCAAUCAUCUUUGCUGACCUAGUCUGAUACUAGCUGGUCAAUCAGUGGGAAUACCUGCCUUGGUAGCAAGCCCUAUAGCUCCUUCAAGGGAUAGUUCCAAUUUUUUAAAGUGAGGUACUGGUAAAAGGUUAUAAGCAGUUAAUAUUUUAUCUUCACUUGACAACUCUCAUGCCAUUCGCAAUUAGUAUAAAUCCAUAUUACUUGGUGUUGGCGGACAAAGCUAAUGGCUAGUCCAAGAGGGGUCAAAACCAAAGCACGCCAUCAUUUUAAAACAAUUCAAAUGUCAAAACCAUCAUAGUUGUUUUUGCAAACGCUAUUUAUGAACCUUUAAACCAUCAACACAUUUGUGUUAAGGCCAUUAUUAGAUGGUGCGCUACAAAUGAUCUGAGUGAAAUUCACUUUGAAACUGUAACAUCUAUACUGUUCAGAGUCCAGCUGAUAAAAGGGUACCAGCAUAAAGAUUUGAUCACUGUUUUAUUGUUUAACGACACCGUUUUAAAUAUAGGCUCGGGUAACUAGCCUGCAGUCUGCUGCUUGCCGCUUUUAGCUCGACAACUUUUAAAACAAUUUAACCUUGAUAAGAUGGGUGGAUGUCAACCAUACUCUAUGCACCAAUGAGCUGGAGAGAACUCCAAUUAACAUGAGACAUUCUAUGGAAUCUCAUUAAAGAGCAUUUAAGCAGCAGGAAUGGUAUAAUAGAAAACUGAAGUGGUUUCAAGACUUUUUUAAAUAUUGUAUACCUUAAUACCAGAAACUGCCCCAUAACAAAUCAGAACUGCUCCUGGAUAAUUCAUCAAUUAAUGUGGUCAGUUAGUGCCAGAGGUAUUGCUCAGUUAGUUAUAUUCUUUUGGGUUUGUUCAUGCCUGUGCGUCGAUUUUGGUUACAUUGCACUCAUGUACAAAAUGCGGCUGAUAACCCCAUUUUUUUUUUACUUAUUUUCAAAACCUUUAGAUGUCACAUCUUUUUUUUAUAUCAAGGUUGCAACAAUUUAAGCUUUAUCUAGAGAUCCAACAGGGACUCCUUAUUUAAUAGAGAAAUUCAUAAUGUUGGUUCCAGUCCUACUUGGGAUAUUUUAAAAUAAGAUCGCUCAAGGAUUUUAUUGUACCAAAAAACCUCACGAGUUCAAUCUCUAAGGGUUUGAAGGUGUUUGUGCACAGCAGAUCUUUAUCUGAAACAUUAUUAACAACUGUCUAUAGGGAAAGUUCCACUCUGAGCUCCUACUGUGAUGUCCACUGGGUUUUAUAGUGAUAUGUAACAUCUUCAUGUAGCAAAUAGAUAUUUAAUUUAUUUUUCUCACACCAUCAGGUAUCUGAGCAGCAGCCAUGUUUAACUGUGUUAAGGUUGCAUUUAAAUUCCCAAAUAUUUAACACAGAUUUUUGAUAUUUACAGGUUAAAAAUUAAAAAAACAACCAAUUUUAGUCCUGUAGCCAGCCAUAAACUGGUGUGACCAAGGUGCCAUACAUCUCAUGAAUCAUUAUAUUUUUUCGCCCAGAUUAUCUCUGCUCUGACAGAGAAAAAGAUAGUAGAAAGACAGAAAGGAAAUGGCUCCACCGCUGCUCUGACAGAAUUACAGCUUGUUCCUGGAUUUUAUUUGACAGAACCCAUCAUCACAGUUAUUGUUGUGGUGAAAGCUGAAUCCUUAGAGGCAUAGUCAAACAAAAGUAAUUCACUCAGAUCAGGAAGCACAGAGUUGCAGCAGCAGCUUGUUGGGCUGCAGUGAUGUGUCUGAUGUGGCUUCAAUAACUUUAACCUCUCAUCCUCUUUGGCUUCUGUCAGGUCAGAAAACAAGAGCAGUUACUGUAAAAAAGGAUUUUUAUAUAUUUUCAACCAAAAUUUUUACAGAUUUCCCAUUUUGGGCUGUCUUUCCCAACCUUAUUGAUUAGGACAAUUAGAGCAGUAGCUGUACAAAACCAGCUGUCUGUGUUUGUAUUGCCCUGAGUCCUUAUCUUUUACUUAGAGGAUUCCCAGAAGCUGCCAACAUUUCCAAAGGCUGCAUGUUUCAUGACAGAUAGAAGUUGAAAGCUCAAAAUUUUUUUGAACAGAACAACUUUGCUGUACUCUCUUUAGCCUUCUGUUUAGCCUUCCUGUUAUCUGCUGAAAAGCAUCACUCGCUCUCCCAAACCUUUAUUAAGAGUACUUUUUCAUUUCAUUUUAAACACUACUCAAGUUAGCUAAUUUUGAGGCUUGUCAGCUCAGUAAGAACAUUUACACAGAAGAGUGCUUGUAUCAGUUUGACCUCCAGCCAAUUUCUCUUAGCAACCUUUUAUUGAUUUUGUUAGAUACUUACUGUGGUUAUGGAAAAUAAUGGAGGCUUACUGUGUGUAGGGUACAAUGUGCAAUUUUAAAUAUCUUGAAGGGUUUGUUGCUGUUUGUCCGUUCUCCAAGUUUGAGCAUGUUCUGAAAAUGUUUUUACCUCUCUAUCAUUUUACAAGCAAUAAUCCUGGAAGUCUGGUAACUAUUAGCAGUUUCCUAUAUGCAGCUGAAUUUCUCAGCUCUUUGCUCUAUAGCUGUUGCCAGUCAUUUUACAUAAAACAUCAACAGGCUUCCAUAAUGUUCGCAUAACGCUUGACAGAUAAUAGAAAUUAAGACCAAAGCAGCUCGUUCUUUACACUUUCUGAGCUUUAAACAGCUUUAAAUCCAGAAACGUCCUGUUUGAAAUGAAAUCAAAUGGAAAUACUCACCUUUUAGGAACUGAGCUGUGAUGAAAUAGAAUGUCAAGAAGCUAAAACUACCAAUUAUCAUAAAUAGUUCUGUUUUUUUGUUUGUUGUUUUGUUUUAUGCUGACAGACUAAUCAAAAAUUUUGACUAAUAGAAACUUAUUUGAACAUCACAUAAAUUACUUUUAUAUGAAUUAAAUGUCCUCUGAAGAUUUAUUGGCUCAUGGGUAACUCUACAAGUAAUCAGGAGUAACUGCUCCCCAUGGACUUCCCGACCCUUAACCUCAGCCUGCGGAGCACCUGGCUGAGAGCCAUCUAUUACUCAUUACCAUUUAAAUAAUAACUGCAGGCAAUUUGACUUACUGGGUAAUGACAUGGUCAUAAAUUAUGGCCUCUGAAGUUAGAAACCCAUUCAUAACCAGCGAUAAAGGGAAAAGGUCACUAAUUGUGUGUAAUGAUGACAUCAGUUAAGGUGUUGUACUAAAAAUCCACCUUGUGCGUCACUAUCACAGUUCCAUUGUUUCUAAUUGUAUUUUCAAUCUAGCUUUAGUUAAACUUAUUAUAGUUUAUUUACUCUGCUGUCUAUUCUGUUUUGCUUAGACUUAUGUGGGUUUCUUUAUAAGCCAGGCCUGCUUGGAAUAUUGCGGAUGAAUGGUGGAAACAAUAGCCGGAAGCCCUCUCAGUGCUUACUUCACUUAUAUUUAUAUGCAAUCAGAGCUGCCAGUUCCUCCUCCUCACUCUCAGUCCUGCUCUCCUUGUUCACCUCGCCAUAUCGCCUGCCAACUGCCUCUCUCUCUUUGUCCUUUAAUCAGUUAAAGCAAACAGUGGACCCGGCUUCCUGUCCAUUUGAGGUUGUACCACGCCCCUUCCUGUCUGCGUUAUCUCUCUCUUGAGCCAACACAUUGUGCAUGCUUCCUGUUAGAGGAGCCUGGGAAGUGGUCUUAAAGGGGAAGAGGAAGCAUUUCGAGAAGAAACAUGGAAUGAAGGGUGGUGGGGGGGGGGUCAACAUGGGAUGGAGAGGAAAGGAGCAAGGUAGAGCAGAGAGGAGUUCCUGCUGAGCAGAAACACAUCAGAACAAAGAUGUGUGAUGAAACCACGAGACAUAACAUGGAAAGAUGUGAGGAAGACCUACUACCCUGGCAUCUGCAUGAAGCAACACAUUUCUUUUCAGAAAUCCAAAUUGCCCCCAGAUGAAUCUCAUGAACAGUGUACGGAUUUUUUUUAUUUCACAGGCCAAAUUAUCAAUAAAAAUAAGGGAAAUGUAAACCCUUUAAGGCCAGUUGGUAGAUCAAAUGUCGCUGUCUUUUUAAUCUGUUUUGAAAUUAUUUGGAAAUUAAGUUUGUCAGAAACCCUAAAAAUAAAAAAAAGGUGCAAAGAGAAGAUGUGAACAAAAUACUUAACUGGAGCUUCAAAAUUCCUCAUUGAUCCACAUGAUUAAACCAUUUUCCCACUGUUAAAUUGAGCUGUUUUAGGACUCUAACCAUAACACCUUUCAAUCUGUCUUGUGCAUCAUUAUUGUAAUUACACUUGUUUUUAAAAAGUAUGUAUGUCUAAGAAAAACUAAAGAAUCUGCCAGACACCAGACAGGUUGUCCGUUAUCUUUUUUUCUUCCAUCAGGAAAUAUUUGCUGCACGGUUUUAGUGCAGAAAAUGUAAAGAUUUUUAAGACAUAGAUGAGAUAUUUUGAGCCGUUUCGGCUUGUUGUCUGUUGUUUUAAAAGUGUGAUAAGUGUAUUGAUUUCAUGUAUUCAAGCGGUUUUGCCAUUUCACAAACGUUUGUGCUCAGUUCUCCGCCGAGCUUUAUAAAGGCUCUCAAAACCUGAGAAAGGCUUUUAUUUUCUGUAAACACUUAAAGGGAAAUUUCAGGAUUUUUGAAAUUAUGUGUCAAUACAAAGUUAAAAGCAAGUAACAUCUCAGUUGCAUAGAUGUAUAAAUCCAGAUUAGUUAGUCUUUGAAGCUGAAGCAAAUCCAAGAAGGUCCAAGACAAAAAUGGAUGUUUACUGUCCUGCAACAACUAUAGUCUCAAAAAUGUCAUAGCAGUUAGUGCAAACACUAUUUUAGGAACCUUUAAAUCAAUGUUAUGUGAGCAUUAGGAGGUAAUUUACAAAGAAGCCAUUAAUUUAAACAGAAGCUGGAGGUAGAAGGAUUUGGGCCACCAAUGAUCCUCAAUUGUGAAAUAUUUUGUAAAAACAGAACAUGUAAAACAUUUCAGGUCAAAAUGACAACCCAAACGGAUAUAUAUAUAUCAUUAUAAUAAUCUAUGAAAUAAUGUUCACUUGAACAGCUGUAAUCUUUUCUGCUUUUUACUUCAGUUUUACAUCAUACAGUUGCUCUAACUGGAAAUAUGUAACAUUUUCCGUUCUCAGUGUAUGUUUCACAUAGUAAAAUCUUUAGUGCUGCACAACCUCCUACCUCAAUUUUUUUGGGUGAAUAAUCAGCUUUUGUGUAAACAACUACUCAAGCCAAAAACUAACAACGGUUUGAAGAUUCAUAAAAUAGGGUAUGCAUAAGCUGCUCUGAGAUUUUUGAAGAUUGGAGUUGUUUAAAAACAAAAGUCCACUUUGGUCUUGGUCUGUGUUGGAUUAGCAGGUAGUUUGAGCUUCAAUAUUGGCUUUAUAGUAAAUUAAGAUCCUAAGGGUCAUCUACUAUAUAUAACAUUUAAACUUAAUAUUUCUUCAAAAAUCUGUAACUAUCCUUUACAAUUAGCCAAAACCGUUCUGCAACAGGAUUUCCUUUGAAACCACUCAGCUUGGAUUCAGACAGUGAAAACAGAUGUCUCAGGGUGGGGUCCAGGCAUACGUCUUUUUACAUUUAUGAAAAGAAACAAGCAAAAUCUAUUGAAUUUAUUACACCGAUCUAAAGUGUGAGAGACCUUUUCUGUUUUUUGUGUAUUUCUUAAGAAAAUUUACUUUGAAAAAAUCAAUUUAGAAAAAAAUGUGCCUCAAAGUUUUUGCUUUUCUUUUUUUCUUUUCAAUUUGGCUUUUUUAUUGCUGGAAAAAGCAAAAAAGGCAAUUUUUUGACAGUCUACAUAAAAUAGCUUUGAUGCAUGACGUGAUGAAUGAGCGGAUAAAUGAUUAUUGGUUUUAGUCUCUGUAUAUGAGUGGAUUGUAUCCACGUACAUACACACACGAGUGUCAACCUAAUAAAAAAAGCUUGAAAAAAAUGUGCCUUUAUUCCUAAAAAAGUAGACUUUUUUUUCUUGAUGGUUAACACAAUGUUUUCUAUAUUAUUUCUAUGGUGUAUAGCAGCUACUUUUUAUUACCUGCCAUUCUUUUGUAAGUGUACAAAUAAAAUAAAAACUAAA